AAUCAGCGUCGUCUGCAUAUGCGCGCCGGUGUGCUCCGGGAAGCUCUGAAACGUUUCGAAAAUAGUUGAUAACGAUUGUUCUUUACGAUUGCGAAGCCGCUCCCGUAUCUAUUUGCUGCUUGUGACCUGAUCUCCAAAAAUGUUUGGCUCCCCGAGAACGCCAAGUGGACGAAAACGUCGCUAUACGCUUCUGAAGUCCCCUGGCGCUGGUCUCAACACAUCGCAAUUGACUCCUGGUGUCUGCUCCGAAAUGAUAUUGUCCGGUGUAUGGAACAAAGACAUGUUGCCACCGUUUGCAGCACACCUGCUACAAGAACAAGAGAGCCGCAAAGGUGACGGCCUUCGGGAUUCCAAGAGAACUCGAUACAGCGCUGUACAGCCGAGGACGCCCCAGCGGGCCAAGGCAUCUAUAGUGGUAGGCGGCAAUUCGUUAAAUGCAUCGGCUCUUCAGACAUCGUUACUCGGCGAAACACCUUUACACAUUCUGGAGACCUCCGGCAGUUCUCUACCGGUUCACGUUGUCGAGUCGCUUCUAUCGCUACAGACAACGCCGAGCACUGGAUGGCCGGUUGUGCUAACGCAAUUGUGGGGAUGGCUGGUAGUACGUUCACGUCUCUUGGUCUUUCAACAUAGUCAGCAACGUUCGUCAAAGACGUGCUUUUCGCUCGAGCUGCCCAAUUCGUUCCUGCUCCAUCAGGCCAAUUUGUGUUACGUCGGAGAGACUUCACCAGCGCCCAACUGUAUCGUUGUCAGCCCCAUGGGCGUCGUCAGAUACUGGCCAAAUAUCUCACAUGAAGCUGUCUUUACAGAGACAUCCGUCGAUAUGGGUGGUGAAGAGUGUUUCCAACUGGUUCACCUUGGUGAAUACAAUUUCGUUGUUGCUACAACAACAGGAAGUCUAAUCAAAGUUGCCGUUCUUGGCGGCCGACAAGCGAAUGCCACCCUCGAUACACGAAAGGUUAAGAUUCAUCAAGGCGUCUUGUCGGAAUUAGGAAAACGGAUGUCGUCACUUCUAUUCGGGGCGAUGCCAAUUGCAGGAGAUACAAAUCACCGGUUGGCACGACGGCUUCUGGUACGACCUACGGUGGACGAAGUGUUGAUCCUCUUUGAGAACGCUAUUCAAUGCUGGGGUCGGUGGGAAGACGGAGCUGAAGCUCCCAGAUUUGAUUUUGAUCUCAAUAGCUUGGUAAAGGAAGCAUUUCGAACGAAGAUAUGGAACAACGAGCCGUUGUCGGAAGAGGACAUACAGUGUUGGUGCAUCGACGCACAGAUAUGCAAAGAGGAAGUUCUGCUUCUGAUGGCCGGUGUAGGGGCGCACAUGCCUUCAACACUUCAUUACGCAUUGGCCUUAGUCGAUGCCGAUUGCCCUCAGGAUUUGCGUACCUUCACGCCUCUCGUUGAGACAGCUGUCUUGACAGACGCAAAUCUUGACCACUUGUUAGCUGCUAGAUGUCUUUUGCCACAUGCACGAGAAGUAUUUGUUUAUACCCGCACAAAGGUUAUGUGUAUAGACCUUGGUGAGGGUGACCAGGACACGAUUAGGUUACCGGCAAACGACGCGAUACUUGGCUGCGGCGCCCGAGAUGGACAGCCUCUGAUUCUUACGCUCAAUAAUCAUCUUGCAUUGCUAAAAACAACGGGCAGACAGGCGCUGAAAACUCUGCCACCUGAUGACACUGAUCGUAUUGCCGAGUGGUUUCUCGAUCCCGCAGAGCUUAAUUGCGAUCCAGACAGCGCGGAAGGCUUGCUCAGAAGAGCGCUCGUACACCACAGUCGAGGAGAACUUACUCAAAGCCAGACGCUGCUCGAAAAGGUUUUCCCGACCCUUGUAGAAGGUAAUGCGGCGGAAGGCAUGGACGAAGUUCUCUUCGAUUUAUCGCGCGCUCUACUUGAUGAUCCCCCCGCAGGAGAUCCUCGGUGGGGUCGUAGGGGUGGCAAGGGCAAGUCGGCUCUAAUUGAAAAUCAAAUUGCCGACAAGGAGCACGCUUUUGAUAUCCUGAUUCAGUUCCUCAAGGUGAAUAAGGUGUGGAAGAAACUAUCUGGAACGGUGACAGUUGACGGAAUGGAGCUGCCCACACGUUUGGCACUUCACGAACAUCGCGAAAUGCUCGCUAUGGCUGAGGGACUUAAUGCUGCAUAUGAGCGGGUACGUUCGGCUCAGCGUAUUUUGGAUGUGGCGGCGAAGCGUGUAACAGCUAUGCGAAACGAGCAGGCUCCUUCCAAAAGUCUUUCGUCACGUGACCUUUGUUUUGUCAGAGUAGCACGAAUCGAUGAACUCCUGCCCGAAGUCCAGAGUUAUUUGGAAGAGUUCAUCGAAGAAGAAGAUGCUAGUCUCAUUGAACACCUCAUUAAUGCAAAUGCACUUUUCGUCGGAGCUUUAAGAGGCAUAAAACCGCUUCGUGAGAAGUUAUUGGCACAGGAACCAUCAUUGAUCGAAGCUGGCGAGUACUUGCCUUGGACAUCGCGUCGACUUCGAAGUUUUGUUAUCCGACAGUGUGAACUUUCGGAGGAGCACGCAUUGGAGCACAGUUUCACUAGCGCCGAUACGAAACGACAGAUCAUUAGCCAGAUGGUCGAGCUCAGUCGUUGUGUUUUAGAGGACUACGUUCUGCAUAUCAAGUCACUUGAAGUGUCCGCCCCCAGAGGUUCUGUCGAAUUGGCGCGUCAAAAAAUGUCCGCUGAUAGACAGAAAUUAAUCGGAUUACUCUACAAGAGCAAACAAUUGGACACGGCAACGAGUCUUGCCGAAGAAUUUCUCGAAUUUCCACUUCUUGUCCGAAUUUGCGAGGAGAGCAAUCAACAAAGUAAACUCUUAAAUUACAUGGAAAUGUUCAGCAAGGAGAAUUUUGCUGAAUUCGUAUUUCAGUACUAUGUUGAUACAGGAAAAAAGGAUAAACUUCUGUCACAGCCGAGUACCUACAACACGGAGCUCAGUCGGUUUCUUCAGGCGCACGGCUCACUUCAUUGGAUGCACUGUAUAAAAAGCGGCGAUUUUCGACGAGCGUGCCAAUCCCUUAAGCAUCUUGCUGAAAAAGAGCGAGCCCUUCUUAAGCGAAAAAAAAUACAGGUGAGCUUAGCCAAGCUGUCAGCCCUUGCCUGUGCCAACCCGCAAGAUGGUGAGAAAGAACUAGAUGAGAUCAAUGCUAUGGCUGAUCUCGUAGCCCUUCAAGAAAGUCUGUCGGUACAAAUUCUCGCCAAAAACGGAUACACAAAAGCAAACUGCCCCGUGCUCGAACCUGCCGAAAUGAUCAAAAUCAUUACAGAAGCAAAUUCACAACGUGAACAAGACUACAAGAUUGCUCUGGAUUUGGUAGCGUUUUUGCCAGCAGAGGAACGGCCCAAAUUUCGUAGAGAUAUUUGGGCUAGAGCCAUUCUUCAAGACACAUGGGAGUGCCUUGAAGGAGCGUAUAUCACCGAUAUUAUGCGUGAUUUACUCUUCUUCCAGAUCGUGGAAUUGGCAUUUUUACAGAAUUACGACCUCAACGAAUUUAUGCCGCCGAUCGAUGAUCUGAUCCAAAGUGAACUUCUCAAUGACAUUCGCGACAACGAUUCUUUCCAGUACAUCCUUUGCGCAGGCUAUGAGCACGUGAUGCGGAUGACGGCAACAUAAAUACAUCUCAAUGCUACCAGCCAAAAGCGUCUUCAUACAGGCAGAAUCGCUCUGAGGUAUACACGGCAAAGCUCAGAUGAAUUUAUGAAUCCAGCUGCGGUCAGUGGAUACCAUGCACAAAUUUACAUACAAAAAUACAGCAUGAGUGCUUGGGAGAUGGCUAGCAUCGAAGUCGAAACAUAAUCCUGUCAAUACACCAAUACAGGGACUUGUAUAUUCGCGGACAGGUUCGUAAAAUGAAUAAAAAUGUAUCUAAAAACGCUUCAAGGUACUGGGAUACCUCUACAAGAGAUGACUGCUAGUGGUUUUGAUCCACUUUUUAAUAUUAUAUCUAUGUAAAUGAUAGCUAAAGUAAAUAUCGUACUAAUCGAUAACGACAAUAAAAAGAAAAAGCAGAGAACAUUGUGAUUUACUUGACGUGUGUACUUUUUGUUUUUACAAAUGCAUCAUCAUGCAAAUC